AUGAAAGAUGUCAAUCUAGCUCUCAUUUCUAAGCUUGGCUGGAAGCUCCAAUCCAACUCUGACUCAUUGUGGGUGUCCCAACUCAAAGUUUCUAACCUCAUCAAUCCUAAUGCUACUUGGAAAAUCCCUCUUCUUCUUUCUCUUUUUACCUUACAUACUGUUAGGGAAAUUCAGAAAAUCUUCAUUAAUCCUACUCCUAUAUCUGAUUUGUUAUGGAACCCCUCUUCCUCUGGCCAUUUCUCCUCCAAGUCUGCAUAUAGAUUGAUCAUCAGCCCUAGAGUCUCCUCAUUCUCCUCUCCUUUGGUUUCAAAUACUUGGAAGCUUUUGUGGAAACUAAAGAUAAAUGCUAGGCUCAAACUCUUUCUUUGGAAAAUAGCAUGGGAUAUCAUCCCUUCAAAGGCUAGACUCAAAGCAAUUUUUCCUAUCUCCUCUGCAGAUUCCCUCUGCCCUCUCUGUAAAACUGAAGAGGAUUCUCUCCUUCAUUUGUUUUUUAGAUGCAGUUUUGCUAGAAUAGCUUGGAGAUCUUCUUUCUGGCCUCUUGAUUCUCUAGCCUUGUCUUCUCUAAAUCUUUCUAGCUGGAUUAAAGGUAUCAUCUUUCCUCAUUUUACUUUUGGCAUCCCUCAAUCCGAAUCACAUCUCUUUCAAAUUUAUGCUGCUGUUCUUUGUGAUCUUUUAUGGUUUAGUAGAAACAAAGCAAUUCAUGAAGGCAUUGUUCCAGACAUCUCAAAGUUAACUGCUUCCAUCAAAAAGACCUCUUUAGCUCAUGCUGCAGCCUGGCACUCCUCUUCUGCUAAAGUGGUUGAAGUCUGGUCUCCCCCUCAGGAAGGUCAUCUCAAGAUCAAUUUUGAUACAGCAAUCAGAGAUCAUUUUUCAGCCCAAGCAGCAGUUUGCAGAGACCACAAAGGGAUCAUCAUCAAAGCUAUUUCCCAGAUCAAUCCCCCCUGCUCUCCAAACUUUGGUGACGCUCAGGCUGCUCUCCUUGCUGCCUCCUUGGCAGUGUCUUUAAAUCUUAAGAAUUUCACCAUUGAAGGGGACUCUCUUAUUGUAAUUUCAGCACUUCAAUUCCCAGCUAUCAUUCGUGAUUGGAGUAUUGAAAAAAUUAUUUUAGAUUCCUUAUCUCUUCUCCCUCCUUCUUCUAAGUGGGAGGCAAAGAAGAUUAACAGAAGUGCAAACUUCUGCGCCCAUCAUGUGGCAUAUUGGGCCGCGGCAAGAGUUCACUCGGGCUGCAUUCCCAUUUUUUCUCCUUUUUCUCCUCCCCCCGCUGCUUGUAGUGGUUUAGAACCACCCUCUGUUUUCUUUCCCCCUUGA